AAAUGAAGAAAGAAAAAGAAUUUCGGUGAUAGAAGAAAGGAUAGAAAAGAUGUGCAGUAUAGUGGAUGGAGGCCCGGCCUUGGAGUCAGAAAGAUAUGGGGAAGAGUAGGAGGAAUGUUUGCAAAACUAUGAGGCCACUCUAUGUACUGCCGAUAAAAGGGAAGAAAGAUAUUUUCCUCAGUGCCCCCAGCAUUUUCCUAAAUGAAGAUGUUGAUUUUUUUAAUGGAAUGUUACAAUAAUUAGUCACAAAAAUUCAUUCUCCAAACGUCCACAACUACCCAGAUAUGGAAGCUGUUCCCCUCUUGUUAAAUAACAUGAAAACGGAGCCCCCGGAGGACUCAUUAUCCACAGAUCACUUCCAAACACAAACUGAGCCAGUGGACUUGUCCAUAAACAAAGCCAGGACAUCCCCUACAGCAGUUUCAUCCUCCCCAGUUUCCAUGACAGCCUCUGCCUCCUCUCCUUCCUCUACUUCAACUUCAUCAUCGUCUUCUAGUCGUCCAGCCUCAUCCCCAACCGUUAUCACGUCAGUAUCUUCAGCAUCAUCUGCGCCAACAGUAUUAACUCCAGGGCCUCUUGUGGCCUCUGCAUCUGGUGUGGGAGGCCAGCAGUUUUUGCACAUUAUCCAUCCAGUACCACCUUCAAGCCCCAUGAAUUUACAGUCUAACAAACUGAGUCACGUUCACCGCAUCCCAGUGGUGGUACAGUCGGUGCCUGUUGUCUAUACAGCAGUGCGGUCACCUGGAAAUAUGAACAACACUAUAGUAGUGCCGUUGCUGGAGGAUGGGAGAAGCCAUGUCAAAGCACAAAUGGACCCCCGAGGCCUCUCUCCCAGGCAAAUUAAAAGUGACAGUGAUGAUGAUGACCUGCCAAAUGUGACCUUAGAUAGCGUUAAUGAAACUGGAUCUACAGCCCUUUCCAUAGCCAGAGCAGUUCAAGAUUCAAUUUCACCCUUCAGUAUUGAGAGCACAAGACGCCAGAGACGGUCUGAGUCUCCAGACUCCAGGAAACGGCGUAUCCACAGAUGCGAUUUUGAGGGAUGCAACAAAGUGUAUACGAAGAGUUCUCACUUGAAGGCCCAUCGGAGGACGCACACAGGAGAAAAACCAUACAAAUGUACCUGGGAAGGCUGUACCUGGAAGUUUGCUCGUUCGGAUGAACUGACCAGGCAUUACCGCAAACACACGGGAGUGAAGCCAUUCAAGUGCGCAGACUGUGAUCGAAGUUUUUCCCGGUCAGAUCACUUGGCACUGCACCGUCGGAGGCAUAUGCUGGUUUGAGGCAUGAGACCUGUCCAGCGGAGCGGAGCAGAAGAGCUGGGUCUCUUAGCUACACCCCAUUCAGCAGGGCUGAAUCCCCAUCGCAGUGUUAACACAAAAAAGGGCAUCAUCAUCCCACGAUGUCUGAAACCAGAGCAGGAAAACAAAAUGGUACUUUUCUCCUCUCUAUCUGAAGGUAACCCCACCGUGGCUACACAAGCAGCAUUCUUAUGCUGGCCCAGGAGAUGAGUGACUCGGAUGCUUGAAGAGACAGGCAUUGUUUUUCCAUGCUGUGUCCUCUACUGUUUAAAGAUGUUUGUAGCUUAAACAUUUUCUCAGCUGUAAGACAUUUUCUUAUUGAUAUUUUAAAAAUCAGUUACCACAAAUUGAUGGCAAAGAGCAAGAAGACCUUUUUAACUUGGAUUAUUAUCCCCAAUCCUCCCCACCCCCUUUUUUUGGAUUACCAUCUAAGUAAUGUAGAAAACAUGCCCAAUUUAUGUUACCAGCAAGCUGCAUGAAAAUAGAUGCGAAGAAUCUAUUGGAGAGGUUCCAUUACCUGAAAAUCAAGGGGCACUCCAGCAGACUUUUGCAGUAGUGAUGGCGGCACUUAGAGAUCUCACACGACUUGUCGUUAUGCCAUGCCCUAAAGGAAACCGACAUUUAAUCUCUCAUGUGUUUGUUGUUCGUUCUUUGUUUCAUUUUGAUUCUGUUUUGUCCGUCUGCUAAAACAAAAAAGGGGACAAACCGUGUUUCAUUUGAGGUCCAGUCCAAGUGUCUGCUCUGACAUGGACUAGUAUAGAAAUGGUUUGGGGUUGUAUAGGAAGAGCCUUUUCUUUAAAAAACAAAAAACAAAACAAAAAAAAAUUACUGCCCCAUUUCAUAGUGAAGUUUUCUGUCACCUAGGCAUCAUCUCUUCCACCCCCUAGUAUUUGAUUACAAGGAAUCAGGAAAAGAAACUUUCUUAGACACACUGGCACCAAGGUAAGAGGUGUGGCUGUCCAAGUAAAGUCAGUGAACAUGAAAAAUCAGACAAAGCGGAGAAGGAAAUAAUGCGCCUCUUGAGGAGAAAAGCAAUAAUGAAUAAAAGGUCUUUCCUACAAUAACUUCACUGAGGAGUCACAUUACCAAUAUUCAUACUUACUGAAGGAAUUGUUUAAACACACACACACAGCUUUUCUGAUGUCUUGGUUACUUUUACAAUGUCGAGGUAAUCUUUCUGCCAUUUGCUGUCCUGCUCCAUGGGGUAACAUAAUUAAAGACUGUGCUCCCCUUUUCACGUUUUAGAAUUCAUUUGGUGGCUAAAAGUUGAGGCAGGUGGUACAGAGGGGAAGGAACCCCUACCUUACCAGGUCAGCUCUCCUUGGAAUAAAAUGAGUAGAAAGAGGAUGCUCCCAGAGGAAAGACUGAAAUGGUGCUAGUUUCUACUCUUGGAAAGCAGAGAAGAAGAGAGUAGCCCAUGGGCUCUUCUCUGCAGGUUUUUGUUUUUAAAGCUAUAUUUAGGCUCAGUGGUGCCUCACUGGCUUUUGCAGGUAUGUUCAAUCCAGACUUCCUGCAUCAAGGAUAAGAAAAAAUUAUUACUUCUCCUCCAGCUCUCCCCACCCCCCAAAAAAACUAUGAGCUUAUCUGUAAUGAAUCAAGUGUAUGAUAAAUAAAGCAAUAUGUUACCAACAAACAUCCUUUUAAAAAGAAUAAUUUCCUCUCUUUCACUCAGAGUCGGGGUUUUCCUCCCCCAUCUCAAUAUGGUAAAAGGAGUUUGGUGAGUUAUUUUUAUUUGUUCAAGUUUUUAUAGCUUAGCUAUAAAGGGUCUCCAGAAAGACCUUUGCAAUAUAUUUUAAUUAUGAAAACGUGGAUUCGGGAAAGGCACAAAUUAACCUCACAAUGCUACUAGCUCAUUUUUAAGUGUUUGAACAGUCUGAAAUAACUUUGGUUACUGAAGUAGCCUUGUUUGGGAUUAUCUUUAAAUCUCCGUAAUCUUGUUCUGAGAAGUGACUGUUGAAGCAGGAACUAGGGACAUUGAAUGAAACAAGUGAGAUUUGUCUCUGAUAGUAUUAAAAGUAUUUGAAAUAACAUUGAAAUAAUAGUGUAACAGUUUUCAGGUUAAAAGCUUAGUAUAAAUCUAUGCUCUACAUUGUCUGCCAAUUUGUUUCGGUAGAAAAAUUGAGCAACUCCAAACCACCUCAGACUAGGGCUGCAGCCUUGCACUGGGUGUUACCUCCUAGAAAGUUUUUCUAUCCGUUACUGUGUGUGACUCCCCACCCCCCCAGCUGCCCAGCUUCUCCAAGUCUGUGUCUAUUCUUAAUAGGAAAUAAUUGACAAUUUGGAUGAGUAACUACUAACCGAGAGAACAGAGUGUAAUGAAACAUACAUUCACAUCUCCCUUGCUGCCACUGUCCCUAACCCCCACCUCCCAAAGUAUCGAUUGACUUCAUGAUGGCUUCUUCUCAGAAAGGCUCAUUACUUAUCUUUCUCAAGCAGCAUUCUUCUGUGGUUAUAGGUAGUCUUGGGUUUAAGAUAUAUAAAAGCAAUAAGCCAGUAUUUAGGAGUCCCUUGACAUAGAUAGCUAGAUUUAAAUUCAGCACAGAUCUAGAUGACUUUUUCUUCUCUUAUAAAAUUGGAAAAGGGGAGUGAGGGGAGAGACUAUUUCUUCAUCUCCAGCAAGUGAAAGCCAGACCUGAACAGUAAGCUAAAAGAUAAGGACUGUCGCUGUUACCCUUCUCCCCUUUAAUAUGUCAUAUAUCCAGUAGUUUAAAAAAAAAUGAAAUCAAGCACAAUAAGGAAAUGAGUCACUUUAAUAAUAAAAAAUAUUUAGAUCAAAACUUAAAAACUGGAAUUUAUUUUGGUGCUAUGCAAGGUGCAUAGCAACUUAUUUAACCUUAGUGAGCUUUCUGAAUUCAUCAUGGGUGUUCUGUUACCACAAAAAUCAACAGCAGAGUGAUUUGGAAUGGAGGAACUUUUUUUUUUCCCCUCAAAUACAGGUAGCUUUGCAGAAAUGGAAAGGCUUCCAUUUUCUCUCAGCACCUAUUUACUACUUCAGUUAUAAGCACAGUACAUAGUGAAUAACAGAGAAAAACGUGGAGCCCUAGGAAAUUUCAUGGUCUUCCGAACCCUGAAGCAUUUUUUCAUUUAAAAGUUGAAGCUGUGUGUGCACAUACAUGGAUGCAGGUCACCUUUCCCACUCUUGCUUUAAUUGCUUUUAAAUCUAAGAUCGAUGCAGAAUGUCUGAGCUCCAUCCCUUUGUAUGCCUGUAGAUCUCCAGAACUUCUGUGGGAAUUAGAGUAGUGUCAAGGUUAAGGAGUUCAAUCUUUUACAUUUUAAUAGACUCUCCUUUCAUAUACUGUUCUUAUUCGAGAAAAGAUUUACUUUUUUUUUUGUCUUGUUUUGCUUUCAGCCCCCAUCUGUCAUACGUAAACCUUGGAUCCUCCUCAUAACUUGCUACAGGUUCUCUGAAGCCUGUUAAGACAUAAAUCUCCAAAGGAGUACACCCUAAAGCUUAGGCAGCCACGUCUGGCAUCAGUUUUAGGAAACACUAUAGAAUAGUUGUUUUCAAAAGCAGUUGAAUAACAAUAAGGUAAACCACACCAUUCUUUUUUUUUAAACAAGGGCGCUUUUUUUAUUCACUUUAAAGUUUAAGAGGUAGAUAGGAAGAUGAUUUUUUGCAAAAGAACCAAGGAAAUGCCACAGUGUUUACAAGUGCCAGCUUCUAGAUGAUUAGAAAGAUCAUUUCUCGUGGUUGAAAAAGUCUAAGAGUCGAUAGCUUUUGGGGAGAAAAACACACUCACACAAUAACUUAGUGUUCUGUAUUUGAAUAGAAGAAUAAAAAAAAACACUUUGAAUUGCCAUUUCUUUUAUAAAUCAAAGCUUUUCUGCACUUUGAAAUCAACUCAUUACAGUGACAAUUUUGACAGGGAUAAAGAUGCAGUACUCCUUAUUCUGUACUUUAUUAUGCUUACCAAAGGUGCAAUUGAAUAAAUCUGGUAAGUAGAGGCCUUCGAUUGUAUUGUGUACUCCUAUUAAUCAUGGUUUCAGCUGCUUAGAGAUGUGGCUGCAAUAAUGGUGUUUACAAUAGCUUACCAUUUAAAGUAAGAAAGUGGCAGAGUUGACCAGUGUUAAGAAUACCAGCAUUCACAUUGUAGGGAGGGUUAAAUUCUGAUGGCAAAGGACUAAAAAUGAGGUGAUUUAUGAAUAUGAAUGGAUAUCAAAAUCAUAAAACCCUUUUUUCAUAGCCUAUUCUCAGAAUUUACCCCCAUAAUAAUUCUUGUAGAUUUAGCAUGUAAAGUGUACUUUCUUACUAAAUCUUUAGUGGGAAGAAAAAAAAAAUCUCCCUUAGUUUCAUGGGGGUUAGCACAUACAAUUUGAAAAUAUCCCUUUCCAACAUGAUUUGUUUAUUCUUGUUUAUGAAGAGGCCAGUGAGCUACAUCUCCUCAUUCUGUUAUCAGUACCAACAUGCCUGCCUCUCUAUAGAAAUACCCCUAAUAAAUGCACAUGAACAUACUUUUCUAUACAUGUAGCCAGCGGCAUAUCCAUAUGUUCAUGGAUACAUAUUCUUACAUGAUAGCCAACUAAGAAAAAAAAGAUUUUUAAAGGAAGAUUUUGUAAUACUCCAUGCUGUCUGGAAAAAUAAAUUAUUUACCUUACUAGGAAAUCAUGCUGUAUAUGACUGCCUGCAUUUUAUAGCUUGAAAAUGUACAUAACAAAUUAAAAUUGCUAUAUUUUCACAGUUUCAUUAUAGAAUAAUGUGUAUGUUUAGCAGCUCAUGCCCAUUGGUACUUUAAAUAUGUUAAAUAUUGAACAGUUUCGAUAGAAAUUCAAUUUUUAGUAAGAAAAUCAAAUAUAAGGAUACUGCAUCUUUUAAAAAUAGAAUGAAAGUAUUUUACUGUACUUGUAACAGUCAAUAUUCUGUAAUAUAUGUGAUAGUGGAAAAGUAUUUUCAAAUUCACAAUUUUACACAGGUUGUAAAUAGUUUAGUGAAGUAUGUUGGAGGGGAAGCUUCUAGUUUUCAUCACACACACACACACACACACACACCCAUUCAGAUAUGCCUUGUAAAUCUUCCACACAAUUAGCCAUAAUACUGUAGGGUCUCAAUUGUUCUACUUUGUCAAAACAUGUUGAGCAUGUACAGCCGAGAGUGACCACUCAUUUUGGUUUGUCUAGGACAGCUUUGUAUACAAUGAAGUCAUUUGAAGUCUCUGGAAACUGAUUCCAAACUGAAAAUGCCUAUGUCUGAAUAGGGGAAAAACAGCUGCAUGGGAGUAUUCUAGUGUUUAAAAUGUGCCCGAGAGAGAAGUAGACAAUUGCUUUAUUUUCUCAGUCAUCUCACUCCCUCUGCCAAAAUGUUUCUUGGACAAAAGAUUCCACAGUUCCAACAGGUGGUCACUCUUGGGUAAUUCCAAAGGGAGUUUUUGUUCUGUUAGGUGUAGCUGCAUGUUAACAGAAGCUAUGUGAUGGUAGUAGCAGUGAGAAUCCCCAUUUGCUGGUGACAGAGAUAAGCUAAUACCCAUUUUUCAGAAAUGAAUUAAAACCUGAAAGUGCCUGUCCACAUACAUACCUUAUAACUGAUGGAAUGUCCUAUGCUUUUCACACAGCAAUAAUAUUGUUGCUUCAUUAGACUAGCAUUUAUUCCCCCAAAUAAUUGAAAAAGAUAAAUUUCAGUAAAUCUAUUCACUUCUUUGACUACCCCCCCAAACCAUUAUUUUAUCCUUACCAUCUUACUAUCUCUUAUGUGUAAUUUACCAUAAGUAAAAUGUUGUUAUUCAUGCAAAGGGAGAAUGCAGAUUUAAUCAAGAAAGCCCACAAUACGCUGUGGCAAUUCCAAAUUACUGCUUCUUGUGGUUUUUUGACCCUGAGCUCAUAAAAGAUUUCCGAUGAAUCAUACCCAGUAUUCUCUGAGAGGAAGACCCAUGAUAGCUAAUAAAAAUUACUAGACACUUCAGCUGGGAGGACACAUUAUUAAAUGUAAAGUUUUUUGUUUCUUGUUUCUUUUCCAGUUUCACUUGUUGUUUUCCCAUUUCAGUAGUAUCUUUGGGUGAAAAAAAUCUAUAUCAUGUCUACAGGAAGACUAGUGGAGUACUUAGAACAUUUAAGGAUAUCAGCCAAGGUUUGCAGAGCAGUCUGAAUGUUACCAUAUUUGCUUGCAUAAUUUCCCCCAUUUCUCCAUUCCCAGAUAUAUCACUGCUAAACCGUGGAGUCAUGGUUAGAAUUAGAGAAUGAUGUGGUUUGGACAAUGUGAGCCCUGUUAACACCUCUGCUCCACAUUGUAAUUGCUAGCCAAGUGUUGUUCUUGUCAGUUAAAAUUAUGUUCUACAGAGCUGAAGAAGCUCAGAGCCUUGAUAAGAGAAGUUGAUGAAGUGUGAACAAGGGUUAAGCACUCUUCCAUUUACUUUCUGCAAGUCAAGAUUUGAGUAAACCCAGGUCACAUAUUUAGCUCUUUUGGGAGGUACAGAACUGGAUCAGUGGAUACCAGAAGAAAGUCCUGAUGAGGAAAAGAUCUUGCAUUUCCUUUACAAAAUUCUUAAUCUUUUUAAAGAAAGAUUUUCUGGAUGUGAAAAAUGCAGUCAACAUACUGCCAAUCAUGCACAUAUCUCUAGAUCUGUGGCAUCUACCCUAAAAUCCAGGCAUCUUACUAAAGUUUACCUCUUUCGCCAGAAUGUUUGGUAUUGUUUUGAUAAGCUUGUAUCUCCAUAGACACAAAAUUGGUGACAUGAGUUCAUUCAUUCAGGCCAAAAUAAGGUAUUUACUUGACUUUCUGUUGGCAUUUGGUCCUCCACAAUCUAGCAACUUGCUUGAAUUCUCUUCUUCACUUUUCAUUCAAAUAGCUUAUUAUAUCAAUUCAGAUCAGUCUUUUUUUUUCCAAGAUAAAGUUUAUUCUUCUAAAUUUUCACCUUACUGUAGCUAAUAUCAUAACCUCUCAAAAAUUACUUGUCCAAUGGUGAAUGGAGAGGUAGAAGCCGCUAUGCUCGUAUAAUGAACACAGAUUCCAAAGUGAUCAUUCUUUUUCAGUGUUCCCAUUUCCUUUUUUUUUAGAUUUUAUUAAUUUAUUUUGAUUUAUCAACAUUCACUUCCAUAUGCUUUUGAGUUUAAAAUUUUUCUCCCCCUUCCAGCAUUGCCAUUUUCCAGCAAAGUCACGUAAGAUAUUAAAUAGUUUUGAAUACAAAUUGUUGUUUUGCUAACAGUCAUGAUUCAGUUGAAUUUUGUAUAUGGAAUUAAGACAAACGAAUUCUAUUUUUUCUUCCCCCAAUCACCUAGCUUAUGAAAUUCUGACAGUGUUGAUCUGUAGAUGUACUAAUAGACUUUAAAAACAUUCAGAACAGUCAUUUCUCUUACUGUUUUGGCAAUCGUUUCCUAAAUUAUGAUCCUUCUCCCUGUUAUAUUUGGGGUGGGGAAGGGAUGGGGGAGAGGAAGGAGAGAGAGAGAGAGAGAGAGAGAGAGAGAGAGAGAGAGAGCUGCAUAAACAAACACCCAUGUUGAAAGGCAACAUUCUGAGUACAGACUCUAAUGUAGGUGGUCAUUGUUCACCAUUAGUUGGGUUUCACAAGCAAUAAUUUUUUCAAAACAUGAAAACCACAAACCUAAAUGAGCUGAAAAAUGAUAAGUUGUAGAAAGAAUCGCAUCAGGACUUUCUCCUUCUGGUUUUCAUCACCAAAUGUUUAAAUGUGUAUGAAACAACAGACUUUGCACUAAGUGUGAGAAUGUAGAACAAGUGAUUUCCUAUGUGAAUUGAUUAGUUGCUUUUACCAAUGACCAGUCUAAGACUCUUCAAGAAUUGUUUGUGGGGAGAGGCACAUUUUGAAUAUAGGUGAAAAGAGUGCCCAGGAAUUGUAUGAAGAAGGAUUUUAUGGACGUGAGAAUACAAAAUCUUUCAUUCCUUCUUAUUCCAUGCUCCAAAAGAGACAGCCUAAAACAGAAAGGAAAAUUUUGCAUCCUGAUCUUGAAUUACUUGGUUUCCAUAGCAGAAUUUGUAUACUCUUCUAUUUGUAAUGACGUUCAUAUGACUUUAUUAAAUUGUAAUGCGUUGCAUAGGUAUUGUUGAACUGGGGCACUGGUGCCUGUAAAGGCUCUUUCCUAUGACUUGUUUGUUCACAGUUUGUCACGCUUAAAACUUAAAGAAAAACAUCACCAUCCAAUGGGAAGGUGACUGGGAAGAAAAUCCUUUGUAUUUAUUUUUUCCACAUAUUUGUGGAACAUAUUACAUCACAUUAAAAGCUGCUCACUGAAGGAAGUGAGAGAAAUAGUUAUAAAACCAGUUUGAAAAAUAUUGUGUUAUCUAUUAUAUCACAUUGGAUCAUAAUGCAGUUAUAUGUAUUGUAAUAUGGUCCUUUGGGGGGGAAAAAAAGAAACCAACCAGCAAAUUCAUGUUUGUCUGAAGCCAGAAGCCGACUCCGAACUUUCUGUGUUGUGAAAAGAUCAGACGAGACCACCUUUAAGAUAUCCACCUGCCACUUAAAGACAACUUAGUUAUAAUUAGUAGUAGUCUAGACACUGCUCUUUGUGUGUGUGGGGGGGGAGGAUCAAUUCAAAAGUCAUUUUCUUUUGAACAAUUCUCUUAGCUGUGUUUGAAGAAAGGAGAAUAAAGAAUAACAUGAUCGUUGGCCAAAUCAAGCAGGCAAAUCCCCCCCCCCAAUCCCUCAAUAAUUAGCUCAUUACUUUAGUACAUAUGGUAAUUGGGUCAUAAGAUCUUUCUGUAUAAAUUUUUUUUUAAAUCCACCUCAUAGUUUGAAAAUGUUCAAUCUAGGAUUGGAGCCUCUGAACGAGGAAUUGAAUAGAUGCACAGCACCUGAUUCACUUUGCUGGGAUGUAGGGGAAAGGAGACUUUCUCAAAGCCCAUAGAAAGAUGACCCCAUAUUUCUAAAAAUAAAUCUCCCCUGUGAAACUAGAAAGCAAAUGUAUUAAUUCUUCAAAUCCUCUUUUGUUUUCUGUUCAGAGGGUUUUUCAUUGCAAAGAAAUUUAUUUCUUCAAAUCUCAUCUAAAGAUCUAAUUUCCCAAUAGUUUCCUCUGCAUUUAUAUACUAUGUAGUGUUUAGACAACACCUGUUAUAAGUUUAUUAAUAUUAUGUAAGUGUUGUUCUUGUAUUUAUGUAUAGUGUAUGUAUUGUAAAUAUACUCAGAGCUUUUUUUUUUCCUUUUACUGUAAAAUGGUGAUUUUGCCCUAUGAUGAUGUAAAGGGAGACCCUCCUAAUGAAAUUCUGUCAGAGGAUGAUUAUUCCAGUCUAUUCUCAGAGAUUUAAAUGAACAAGUGUUAUCGUUUUUAAUGGUGUCUCAGACAUAUUCUGUUGGUGCAUUGCUUUUCUGUAUUCAACUUUCCUAUGAAUUGAGCUGUGAACUGAAAUAGAAUUUAACCCUUUAAAUGUAUGCAUUUGUAUAAUUAUCUGAAUGAAGGCAUGAAGGUUAAAUAAAGCAUUUUGUAUGGAACGAAACUCCAUAAUUAUUACCGUGGAUGACUCAGACACUCUGAAAAGCAUAGUUAUUAACUAUUCUAAUUAAACCUUUGUUAUAAAA